UCCGGGACAGCAUGGCUACCCCAUUUCGGCCCUUGGGACAAGUUCUGCGGCAGGUGCUACAUAUCUCUUUAUAUCCCGGGAAGGGAAGCUUGGCUUCCAACUGUUGCCGCUGCCCUUUUGGAGCUAGAAGAUACCUACUUACAGAUAAUAUCAUAAAAUUAAAGGAAUUUCAGCAUAAGAAGGUGACUGUUGCCUAUAAUCUUUCUGGCACCAAAGAAACCUAUUUUAGAAAGUGGGAAGAGAAAUUGACCCAGAACAAGCUUAUCUUGAAGGAGGAGUUGAGAACGUUGCUUCAUUUGUGUGAGUCCCGGGAUGACAUGGAGCUGGCUAAACGUGCCAUUUACAGGUACCAUGCAGAGAAUAAAAAUUUCACUUUGGGAGAAUAUAAGUUUGGACCACUUUUCAUGAGGCUGUGUUAUGAGUUGAACCUUGAGGAGUCUGCACUGGCACUCAUCCAAGACCAGCGUUUACGAGGUUUCUUCCCAGACAGCACAUCAUACAAUAUUUUGAUGGAUAUGUUAUUUAUGAAGGGCAAAUAUGAAAGUGCUUCAGAAGUAUUGAUAGAGAUGAAAAACCAAGAUGUGAAGUUCAGCAAAGAUACCUACGUCCUUGCGUUUGCAAUUUUCUACAAACUGAAUAGCCCUGAAUCUCUCAAAAUCUGUACUAUGUUAAGAGAAGAAGCUCUGAUCAAAGGAGAAGUUCUCUCCAGGAGAGCAUCCUGUUUCGCUGUGGCAUUAGCUCUGAAUCAGAACCAGGUGGAAAAAGCCAUGUCCUUUUAUUCUCAAAUCAUGAAUCCAGAAAGCAUAGCCUGCGCUAAUUUAAAUAUUAUAAUCAAUAUCCAGUCAAAUAGGUUGGAAACCCCCAUAAAGAUACUAGCAGAUGCUGCAGAAGGAAAUGUAUCAAGAUUUGUGAAAAGACAUGUGUUCUCAGAGGAAGUGCUGGCCAAAGUGAGGGAAAAAGUGAAGGAUGUGCCUGCCCUUUUGGCCAGAUUUGAUGAGAUCUAUGGGAAACUGCACAUCACUGGCCACGUCACCACUCAGACUUUAGAUGACCUGCUCUGCCACAUCCCCAAAGACAAGAAAUCCCCAGUGUUGUCACUGAACAAAAGGACAGUUAGCCGGAGAACCCUCCAGCCACUCAGCAAGUCCCUGUUGGCUGAGUAACCCUGAUUGUAAUCCACCUGUGUAUGUGAGGGGCCCACUUCCAGUAAGUAACUUCCUAAGAAACUGGCUGUCAUAUUUCAGUGGACACUUGGUCUCCUCCCUAAAUUUCCAAGUUCACUGAGUGGCAGGAUGCUGAUUUGAGAAGUUAUUAUGUUGUGCCACUGUGAAGAUCUGUACAAGCACAGAAACCUUAGCUCUUUGAGAAAAGAAGAUUCUUCUGUGUACACUGCUGAGGACCCUUCAAGGGACAUGGUCACCGUCUUCAGUCCAGCUUCUGGUACCAGAGUGGAACCUGAAGCACCAUCAGGAAUGCAUUUCCCUAUAUAUAUAUAUGGUCAGCUCUGAUUUUCAAGGGAGUAGUGACUUACAAGUUAUACCCUUAACUGAAUCCAGGAGGUUUGACAGUGUAUUCUACCACAUUACAAAGUAACCCAGGAUUUUCUCACUGCUCUGCCAUCAAAUUUUUCUCUUCUCUCUUCUUUUUUCUUUUCUUUUUUUCUUUUUAAACAGAGUCUCACUGUGUCACCUAGGCUAGAGUACAGUGGCAUCAGCAUACCUCCCUACAACCUCAAACUUGUAGGCUCAAACAGUCUUCUCACCCUAGCCUCCCAAGUAGCUGGGACCAUAAACAUGCCAUCACAUCUGGCUAAUUUUUUUUUUAUAUUUUGUAGAGAUGGGGGUCUUGCUAUGUUGUCCAGGCUGGUCUCUAACUCCUGGCCUUAGGGAUCCUUCUACCCUGGCCUCCCAAAGGGCUGGGAUUAUAGGAAUGAGCCACAACUCCCAGCCUACCAUAUAUUUGGCCAGAUAUAGUUCAGACAUCCAAGACAAGAUAGUUGAGCACUUUUUCUCCAUCUGUAAAAUAUAGUGCCUAUGUAUAUUUGCAUAUAGAUUUGAAAUUUCAACAUCCAGUUGAAUAGGGUCAAAUUUUCUCAAAAAUAACAGGAGAAAAAAGGUUCCAGAGCAAACUUCUUGGGAUUGUGCUGUUUUCUCAGCAGCACAAACAAAAUCAGAAUUUAGCUUUCAGAGUUGAUUGUAAGCCAAAUGUAAAUGAUUACUACUUUGGUCAUGAGCAAAACUUGUACUUUUCAAAACAAGUGCCAAUAAAAACUACGUAAUACUUAGUAUUCUA